CUUCCCUUCCUUUUCCCCAUUCGCUCUCCCUCCCCCCACCGUCGUCUUUCUCUCCCCUCUCAUCCCAGGUGUGCCAUUGUCGAGCCUCACCACCAGGCCGCUGUUCAAGAUGACCAUCAACCCGACCUUCCUUGCUCAGCGCACGCGCUCCUCUGCCAACUGGGGUGAUGCGAAGCACCGUGUCCUCAAGUCUUACAGAGAAUGGCUUAGAGCGUCCCCCGAGAUUCAGACUAUGUACUCUCUGAACCUCCCCGUCUCCGCUAUCCGUACGAAGAUCCGCCAGGAAUUCGAGAAGCACCGCUACGUCAACCAGCUGAACGUUGUUGAUGUGCUGUUGUACCAGAGCCACGCUGAGUUCCAGGAAACCCUCAACUACUGGAAGCAGCUGUCGCAUGUCAUGAAGUACUUCCGCCCAGAGGAGGACCCCGGUGCUCGGCUACCUCCCAACUUCAUCUCGGGCUUCUUGGAAGGCCGCAAUUGAAAUUGUGAAAUUAUUAUCACCCACCAUCAUCUCUUUUUAUCUCCUUUAUACUCCUGGUAUCCCUUAGCAUUGAAAGUUCUCUGACGGCUGCGAACGCUGAUAGAGAGUGUGUGAGUGUUAUGUAAAUAUUGUCUGAC